CUCAGUCAAACAUGGGGAAAUCACGGUGCAGGUUCGUGUAACACGGAUUGCAUAGCAUUCGUCAUCUUGUCUAGACAGAUUUAACUUAAAUCAAGAAGAGAAUCAGAACAACAAACAUGGGGGAGGCACGUAGGGAAGUUGGGACUGUGACAAGGUCUGCUGAGUAUAUUGGUUGCUUUCCUGUGGAUGACUGUUGCCUAGAUGAUCAAAUUCAACUGCUCCAUUCACAACUCAAAGCUCUCAAGAACUGCAAGAGGCGGCACACUGUCUCCCUAAAAUUCUCCAUCAGUGGAGUGAAAGUUUAUGAUGAGGAUGAGAUGACUCUGCUUACGGCCCAUUCCUUGCGUAGAGUCUCCCUCUCCAUGGCUUGCCCAUCAGAUUAUCAGUUUGCUUUUGUCUCCCAUAACCCUGGAAGCCUUGAUGCCCAACUCUACUGCCAUCUCUUCAAGGCCAGACAUGCUCGGGCAGCCCAGUUCCUGAACCUCCUGUUGUGUCGAUGCUUCCAACUUUACUAUCUGGAAAAGCACCCAGAGGAUGCCUACAAUGAGUCUUCUGGGAAGCUGUCCACUUGGACCCCUGCUCUCCUAAACCAGGGUGUCCCUCUCAGCGUCAAUGCCCUGGUGUCCUUCCGCAGAGCUCCUACUCAAGGCCUGCUGCCAGGGACGAAGGUGAGUUCCCAGAGGAAUAACAUAUACACCAGUGGGGAACAGACAAGCAGCCCAGAGGAUGGCCCCACCUCUUCUCCCACUUUGGUGCGUAAAAAGGCCAUCAGAAACAAAGUGCUGCGUUCAGGAGCCUACCGCUCUUUCACCUACACUCCCCUCAAACAGCGCAUCGUACAGGACCGACUAAAUACCUCACAAGGAAAGAAGCAAGACAAUGUCCCAGCGAGGAGAUCACGAGCUCCCAGUCUGGCAGAGACAGAGGAAGCGCUCGCUCAGACUGUUUGGUGCUGGGCUGGUGUGUCAAGUGACAGAAGCUCGUCUCUGCUUGCAGACGAUGUUCUUGGUGCCUUCUUUCUGUGUCCCCAUCCCAAACAGCCUAGUUGCAGCUCCCUUAUUGUACGCUUCCCCACCGGCUUGGUUGCUUUUGCCAUCAAAAACAACAAUGGGAAGCUAUAUCUUGAGAAUUGCCACAUAGAAUUUGACAGCCUUGCUGCCUUGAUUGAGCACUACACUGAAUUCAAGGGAGAGCUGGAGUGUCCACUUAGCUGUGCCCGUGUGAACCACUGUUACGAAUGGGAGGAGACUGAAAUCAAGAGCAAAGCUUCACGUUCACCCCAAGGGAACAAGAAGACCUCAACCAAAAAUUCUAAGGAAAAAAGCUGGGUUUAAAUUGUACUUUAUUGCCAUUUCAUGUGGUAGAAACAUCU